AUGAGCAAUCGAGAUCGUCAUCAACAAGUGCGGCAGCAGGACGACGAUGUCGAUGAACAAACGGCUUUGCUGCAUCCUGCUCCUAGGACCGAGCCAUAUUCCGUGUUCACGCCGACCCAGAAACGCUUCAUUAUUCUGACAGCGGCACUGGCGUCGAGCUUUUCACCUCUAUCUGCCAAUAUCUACUACCCGGCAUUGAAUUCGAUUGCAAAGGACUUGCGAGUCAGUCCAUCUCAAAUGAAUCUGACGAUCACCACAUAUAUGAUAUGCCAGGGCCUCGCUCCAAUGUUGACAGGAUCAUUGGCAGACCAAGCUGGUCGUAGACCCGCAUACAUUCUUUGCUUCGUGAUAUAUAUAUUUGGAAACAUUGCUCUUGCCCUGCAACAUAGCUUUCUAGCGCUCCUAGCUCUUCGUGCCGUCCAAAGCUGUGGCAGUAGCGGCACCGUGGCCCUUGCAUCCGCAGUGGCGGCCGACAUUAUCACAUCAGCCGAGCGAGCAGCCGGUACUUUCUUCGUCCCGCUGUUGCUCUUCUUUCCCGAAACCUGCCGUGGGAUUGUGGGAAAUGGCUCGACUCCUGCAGUUGGAUGGAAUCGAGCCAUUUGGAGUUACUUUCGGACCACCACCGAAGUGACCCCGCCUGCAUCAAGUGUGCCGAGGAGGCGCAUGAAUGUCCCUAACCCAGGCUCGACCCUGCGUCUGCUUUCCCACCGACCUGUGGGACUGGUCCUUUUGGCAAAUGGAGUUGUUUUCAGCAGCUACUAUGCCGUCACAGCUGGAAUUCCCGCACUUUUCCACAGAAUCUAUGAUCUAGAUGACUUGGAUAUUGGACUAUGCUUUAUUCCUGCAGGGCUGGGAUCACUACUCAGUGCAACUGCCAACGGAGUAUUAGUUGACUGGAACUACGGACGGGCUCGACGCACCGCCGGCCAGACGGUACACAAGAACCAAAAGCAGGACAUCAUUGGAUUUCCCAUCGAACAAGCGAGGUUGCAGAUUGGCCUGCCAAUGACAGUACUUGCAGCUGUCUCAAUAGUCGUCUACGCGGUACUCAUACCCUUGAAGCCACCACUCCUAGUCGCGCUUAUGGUGGUGUUUGUAAUUUGCUUUUGUAUUACGGCGGUAUACAACGUGAUGAAUAUUCUCAUUGUCGACUUGUACUACGAGACGCCUGCUACCGUGAUGGCUGCUAACAACCUUGUGCGGUGUUUCCUUGGCGCUGGUGCAGCAGCGAUGGUCAACCCUCUGAUCAAGCGAAUUGGUGUGCAAUGGACAUAUUGUUUUGUCUCCGGCGCAAUUGCUCUAGUCAUUCCGGUUCUAGGCGUUGUUUACGUUCAGGGCUGGGAAUGGCGCAAAAAACAAGCCGAGACUGAUGCACAACUGCGAACUGUACACGAGAGACCGUAG